ACGAGUCCCAGCGCGCCGCGAGCCGCGACCCGCCCGCCCUGGAAUGCGCGCUCACACGUUGCCGCUGCCGCCCUUCUGGAGCUCGCGGACCCUGCCCUCCACGCGACCCGUUCCUUGAUCGCCGUCCUCACGGCACGGCUGCGCGUCUCGAACGCGACCGGGCGUCUUCCCUUGCGCCGCCACCCCUGUGCGAGGACGACAGUCGACUGGCCUCCGUUGCCUCAAGCAACAUUACCGUCCGUGUCCAAAUAAAACCUGAAGACUCAGCUCUUCCCAAAACUACCUUCGUUGACUCUUUUUUUCGGAACUAGUGAGUUGUGUAUCGCCUGUUACUCUCUCCCUGAAACUUCUAGCCUGUACCGUUCUCGAUUUACGUCGCUUGUGCUACGUGUGUUGCCGCGGCGUGAUUUCUCGUUGUCCCGCGACUGCGGCGGACGCUACGCCUGGAACAGUGUCCGCAGUGGGAGCUAUGCGCAGCGCCUAGCAGCGCGGCAACCGACACUGCACAGCCGUACCUGCCACGAGCAACGCGACAGCUGCCGGCCGCCGCGAUGAGGAAGGACAUGAAGAAGUCCUCCUACUACGUGUGGUUCCUGGGCGCGCAGGAGGCCAAGGGCCUGCGAGGCCCAGAGUACAUCCUGCCCGCGCUCAGCACUCUCAUCGCCCGCGAGAGGGAAGUGGAGCCCUUCAAGGUGACGCUGCAAGUGAGCCACAAGGGACUGAAGAUCAUCCAGAACGUGCCGAAGGCGUCGGGCGGCAAGUCGGGGGCGGGCGGCGGGGGCGGCGCCGUCAAGUGGGAGACGGUGAAGCACCUGGUGCCGGCCGAGGCGGUGACGUGCGCGCUGCAGCAGGCCGACGUGGUGGCGGCCAUCCUGCUGCUGGUGAACCCGGCGACGCGCUGCCCGGUGCACGUGCACGCCUACCGCUGCGACAGCGUCGAGACGGCGAGCCUGCUGCGCGCGCAGCUGGCCGCGCUCGCGGAGCGGCCCGACACGCUGCGCCGGAUCGCCGAGCUGGAGGCGCGCCUGCGCUCGCAGGGCCUGCUUCGGCUGGGACGGUGUCUUCUUGACCUAUUGGUCGCGAAGCAGGUGGGGCCAUAUGGUUGCCUUAAGUCGUUGCACCAGGUGACCCAGUGCUCGGAGGAGCGGAUUUAUGGACUGAGCGGACUUGUCAUAGAAGAGCUGUGCAGCCUGGUGGAACCUAUCACGACAGUAGGUCGCAGCAGCAGCACUCGCGAAUCGGACAGCUCCGGGUCGUCGGGCCAGGGCCAGGACCGCAUAGCGUCGCUGUACGACUCGCUGGCGGCGGAGCUGCGCGCCAAGCUGGGCUCCGGGGGUGGCGCCGGCGGCGGCGUCGGGGGCGGCGGCGCUCCCCGCGCCCCGCUGCUGCUGCCGCCGCGAGACUACGACACGGUACACCGCGCGCGCGGCAACAUGGCCGCCGUCGACCUGCGCCGCUCCGCCGCCGCCUCCGCCGCGACGCCGGGCAAGGACGCCACGGCCACGGGGGCGGCGUCGGCCGAUGCCGGGGGCGGCUCCUCGGGGCCCAGCAGCGGCAUCGGCUCCGACCACGCGCCCUCACCGGACCGGCAGUCCGAUCCCCGAUUCCUGGACAACGGCGACAGCUCCGGUAAGUUGGAGACACGCAGUUUUCUUACGAUUCACUGGCUUGUAAGUAAGACUUCAAUACGUCCGUGAAGUUUUAGUUCUAGAAUCUCAUCCACAUUAGCUGAUGAAGCAGUAACUGUCC